UCAGACAGUCAGAGCAGCAAUGUGAGAGGCAGACACACGAGCUCGCAAUCUCUGGAUCACACUCUUGACUGUCAGGGGGGGAGAGAGGAAAGCAGGAGGGAGAGAGGUUCUUGACUCCCUGCUCGACAUGCCACCUCACAUGGAUUACUUUUACCACGAGUCCCGAGUCCCUUCAGCUUGCGGGCUUACCAGGGAGGACGAGCUGGAUCCAGAUGUGAUCAGCUGCAUGCUGGUGGGGGACGGAGAGGUCGGGAAGACCAGCAUGUUAGUCAGCUACAUCUCCAACGGAUACCCAGCGGAAUACCAGCAGACUGGAUUUGAUGUCUUCUCAGGUCAGGUCCAAGUUGAAGGAUCUCCAGUCAAAGUUCAGCUGGUGGACACUGCUGGACAGGAAGAGUUCGAUGAGUUCAGAGCGCUGUCCUACACCCACACAGAUGUGUUCCUCCUGUGCUUCAGCGUGGUCGACCCUACUUCGUUCCGCAACAUCACAACCAAGUGGGUUCCUGAGAUCCGAGCCCACAACCCGUCCUCGCCCAUCAUUCUGGUUGGGACUCAGUCGGACCUGCUGCUGGACGUGAACGUCCUCAUCAACCUGGACAGAAGCAACGUCAAGCCGGUCCAGAGCUCUCGAGCUCGGGCCAUGGCAGACAAGAUCAGGGCCGCGGACUACAUCGAGUGCUCGUCGCUCACUCAGAAGAACUUGAAGGAGGCGUUUGACGCAGCCAUCUUCGCCGCCAUCAAGAACAAAGCGCGCAAGAGCAAGAAGAGGAGGUUUUCAGACAGGCGCACGAAGGCUUUCUCAAGGUGCAGCUGGAAGAAGUUCUUCUGCUUCAUCUGAACUGCUUCCGUCGAUGGACAAAUUAUUUAUUUAUUUAGAAGCGUUGCGUUCACUGUCAUCACAUCUCAAAUCUGGGACACGCUUUGGUCUUAAAUGUCAAAUAUGGAGAGGGGAAAAACAUGCGGAAGAGGAUCCUGCUCUGAAGCAGGAUUCAAACCCUCUCUGAUGCGUAUGCAGAUUGUUCCAGGUGAACAGGAAGACAGAAUUUGCACACGCUGUCUCGUGUUUUCACCACCAGGAAACAAAAAUGCAAUGAGUUGAGGCUUCAAAGGGACAUGACUGCAUGGUUUGCAGUAGCCAAUAUGUAAAAACAGUGAAUUUGCAUGUUGUGCUUUGUCCCGGACUGCAGCCGUCGUAAACAGUGGUUGCAGUUUUAAAGGCCAGGAGGCAACAGAAAGGACUGUGUGUCCGUGCAAACAGGUGUUGUUUUCGCUUUUCCCUGUACCUAUUUAUA